AAAAGCUGAGCCUAUAAAUAAAGGCAGUGAUAAAAUAUGUGAAACAGAACAAAUUUAAGAUGGAGAGAUAUUCUAUACUUUUGAUAUUAGUGUUACUUUUCAGUUUUUCAUUAGGAACAACAUCAAUUGAUACUGGCGACUUUCUUGAAUGCCUUAAACUCCAUUCUAAGACAGGUUUCAUACCAAUUUAUACACCCAACAGUUCAAGAUUUUCAUCAAUAUGGACGUCAACUGUGCACAACAUUAGAUUCAUAACAUCUACCACUCUAAAACCUGAGUUCAUAAUUCUUCCUUCAGAUGAAUCCCAAGUUCAAGCAUCUGUGAUUUGUUCUAAGCAACAUGGAAUUCUGAUGAAGAUUCGAAGCGGCGGCCACGACUACGAAGGUUUAUCUUCUAUAUCUGAUGUUUCAUUUCUAAUUCUUGAUCUGUCUAAUCUCCGGUCAAUUAACGUCGAUGCUGAAAAUAAAACUGCAUGGGUUCAAUCUGGCGCGCUUAUGGGCGAGCUUUAUUACAGAAUUGCAGAAAAAAGCAAGACUCUUGGGUUCCCUGCAGGGGUUUGUCCUACUGUAGGCGUCGGCGGAUUGUUCAGUGGAGGUGGUUAUGGUACUUUGUUAAGGAAAUAUGGACUUGCAGCUGAUAAUGUCAUUGAUGCUCAAAUAGUCGACGUUAACGGGAAAAUUCUCGAUAGAGAAUCCAUGGGAGAAGACUUGUUCUGGGCCAUAAGAGGCGGUGCUCCUGGGAGCUUUGGCGUCAUUCUUUCCUGGAAGAUCAGAUUGGUUUACGUCCCACCAACUGUAACUGUUUUUAGAAUAGAGAAAUUGUUGAGAGAUGAUGCAGGUUUAACUUCACUGGUAUAUAGGUGGCAAGAAGUUGCACAUAAACUUCCUCGGGAGCUCUUUAUUAGAGCUGGCAUAGCUCCGGUUGGCACCAACGAACGUAGAACGAUUAAAGCUUCGUUCAUUUCUUUGUUUCUUGGAGAUACUAAGGCUCUCCUACCUGUGAUGAAAGAGGCAUUUCCUGAGCUGGGUUUAGAGAGUAAAGAUUGCAUCGAAAUGAGUUGGAUUCGAUCUGUACUCUGGUACGCUGGAAUGCCAUACAACGGAACUCUAGAUGUUCUAUUGAAUAGGACUCAAUCAAAGAGGUUUGCUAAAGGAAAGUCUGAUUAUGUGAAGACGCCAAUUCCGGUAGCCGCAUUGGAAGGGGCAUGGAAAAUAUUAAAGGAAGGAGUUCGACCUGUAAUGACAAUGAAUCCUUAUGGCGGAAUUAUGGAUGAGAUUGCAGAGACUUCGAUCCCUUUCCCACACAGAAGUGGGACUAUAAUUCAAAUCCAGUACUUGACAAUAUGGACAGAGCCAGGGCCAGAAGAAUCUGAAAGGCGUAUAGAUUGGAUGAGAAACUUUUACGAGUAUAUGGCUCCAUACGUAUCGAAGUCGCCACGGGAAGCGUACGUCAAUUAUCGAGAUAUCGAUCUGGGUGUGUCGAGAAAUGGAAGUGCAAACUACUUGCAGGGUAGUGCAUGGGGAAGUAAGUAUUUCAAGAACAACUACAAAAGAUUGGUUCAAGUUAAGAGUAGAGUUGAUCCAGAGAACUUCUUUAGAAAUGAACAAAGCAUUCCAAGUGAUGGAUUAUUUUGAAGAAAAUUAAAGGAAUAGCACAAUAGUAAUAGAUAUAAGCAUAUAAGGUAGAUGAUUAUAUUCUUUCUCUUUUACUUUACAUUGUAUUCAUAAAGAAAGAAAAGUUGGUCUCUUCACAACAAAAGUUACCCAGCCAGUGCUCCGUCAAUCAAGCAAGUUACUGUAUACAGGAUGUGCUUAAAAUGCAUUUGUAAGUUCAGGGUAUCCAAUGCUGUAACAUCAAUAUGUAAGGGUGUCUAUGGAUGCCCGAUGGAUUUCGCAUCCAAAAUAUUAAUUAUUAUAUACGUAAAUAAAAAUUGGGUUCAGAAGAAAUCCGAAAAUGUAGUAUACAAAUUUCAUACAUGAAAAUUUAUACUUGCAUUUGAAGUGAAAA